CGCGGGAGGGGGCGGGGCUACCUACGCCCGCCACGAGUGUCCCACCCGGGAUUUAAAUCCUGGAUCAAAACUUCUCUCUGACAAUCAACCUGAACCGACCGACGGAGAUUCCUUUGCCUCGGAGUAACCGUGGCCGAGACUUCCCAGACUGCAGACCGCUUACAGAGCUGGAUACUUGAUAUAAAAUAGUUAGGAAAGCUCUAGGGAGCAGCUCAGAUCCAGGUUUGCUGUAAACUACCUACUGUAGCUAUAAUGACACCAGCCCUCAGAGAGGCAGCAACAAAAGAUCAUGGUAUCCACUUGUCACCUUCUUUGUCCUCUAGAGCUAUGGAGUCUGAUACAGCUUUGUGCAUGGGAAAUUCCAGAGCAGUGGAAGAGAAGAUAAAAGAGGACUCCAUCGCACAGAUUACUUGCUCAGUCCUGGGGUUCCCCACUGCUGAGCCCAACCUCAGGAAUGAUAUCUUCAGUGUACAGCAUUUUGGUUCCCCACCAGCCUCCAAGCGCUAUCAGUCUAUCUUGUUAAUGAGUACAAAUUCUGCGUUUAGCAACAAAACUGGUAAGCAAAUGAAAGCAGGAGAGCCCGGCUGCUCCAAGAUGAGAAAGUCAUUACAUAAUGGUGGUGACACAUCAUUUGGUCAGAUUAGUCACUCAGAACCUGAGCAACAGGUCAAAGGGGCAAUGUUUUCAGAGGCCGCAUCUCCGAACUUAGCAGGAGCACAGAGACUCUCAGAUUCAAAUGUAACUGAAUCCAGUAAUGCAGAAGAAAUGCAACUUUUAAAUGGUAAAUGGUACAAGAAGAAUGGGUUUUUGGGUAGGGCUUUGGAAGUCUGCGCUGAAACAAUAAAAGGGGAUUUAUUAUACCAAAUUCUUCACGGGCCUUCAGAAGGGAUUUUGAGCUGCACCCAGGAGGAGGUGUAUGCUCGCUUACUCCAGUGUGUCACUAAGCAACAAAUCGAAGUCAGUCGCGCCAAAAGAACUCAGAAGCGUUUACAAAUGCUCCUGGCAAAGCAUGUUAUCAAGCACUGUGAUCAGCAGCUGAAAUGCUUUGUGAAACAUCAGCUUCAGAGAAUGAAGUUUUUCCAUGAGCCAAACAGAUUUUUGAGCAGUAGCUCCCUCAGGUGCACUGAAGGUUGGCCAGAAAACAAUGCAACUACUUUGGAGAGUAGUUUGAGUGUGGACGUACAGAACGGAGUUACCGUUGCACCAGGUGAAAUCCGGGGGUUUGCACUUUCUACCGGAGGGCUGCUGUCUCGCGUGGAGAAGGACCUGGACUCCGAUGCAACAUGUAGCAGUUCAGAUGAAGAUGGUGAGGAACAGACUGUAAGAACAACUGUGGAAGCCAGCUAUACUUCUGAAUGGAAGUGGCUUGCAGACAGAGCUAGAAUUGGCAGCCGUUGGACGUGGCUUCAAGCCCAGAUUUCAGAACUAGAAUACAAAAUCCAACAACUAACUGACCUUCACAGGCAGAUACGUGCCACCAAGGGGAUGGUGAUCUUAGAAGAAUUCCCAUUUCCAAAAGACAUUCUGAAGAAGCAAAUACAAUUGACAGACCAAGAAGCUUUAUUAAACGCCACAGGGAAUUCGCAAGCUGCCGUUGAGAGACAGGAUUCUUUGCCGGAGCAUGACUUUGAAAUGUCACCCAGCAGUCCUACUCUGCUUUUACGAAACAUUGAAAAACAGAGUGCACAACUGAGUGAAAUCAUCAGAAGCCUAAUCGCUCCACUCAAUCUGUCUCCAGCUUCUUCAUCUCUUUCCUCCAAAAUCUGCAGGCACAGACAGCUGGUCAAUGGCAUCUCCUUCAGAGCUUCAGACAACAGAGAGGUAUCCUCUUCGAGCAGCUGGUUGCUUGAUCAUCAGCACAUCAAGAAAAGAAGAAGAGACAGGACAAGACUAAGAUCUGUCUCUGUAACUAAUGUGAGCACAUCUGCCCGUACAAGGCCGCUUCAUAGUUUCCAGAAGAGGAAACUCUACAGAAUGCACAGUGCCUGUCACUGGAAUCAGCAGACUCUGCCAUGUAGAGAUGCCUCCUUUCCAUGUAAAACUCAGUUGCCAUAUGUGGUGCCGGCCUCCACUUUGACCAGCAAUGAGUACAGCACAGAAUCUAAAAUCCUAGAUUACGUGCAAGAGCUGGACUCUUCCUUCCAUCCAGUCUUAUCAUUCCCUUCUGAUAUUCCUCUUCACAUAUACUUUGAAACAUUAUUAAGGAAGGAUGACAUCAAAGGAGAACCUGUUGAUACCUCAUCUUUGGGAGGGGAGUUUAAAGUGUCCUCUGACAGUGAGUAUAAUCAGCAUCAUGUUUCUGUCAAACAAUGGAACAGUGGCUGUUUAUCUAAUUCCAAAUCUCAGUUGGUGUCAGGAACAUCCGAUCAGCUGUCAGAAGGAAGAAAGAAAAGACACCUAAGUGAGACAGCAGUAGGCGAAAGUAACACUCGGUUUGAGACAUUCUCCUUUCAACAUGGAGAACCAGAAUCCCACAGCAGUUUUGCUGCUGCGACCAAUGUCAGCACGAUGUCUCGGCCCACUCACAGCACUUCUUCACAGCAUAACUCCAGGAGGCGGUUGAGAAGUGAGAGCUCCUAUGACAUAGACAACAUUGUUAUUCCCAUGUCGCUGGUGGCACCAUCAAAGUUGGAGAAACUACAGUACAAAGAAAUCCUUACCCCAAGCUGGAGAGUUGUUGAACUUCAACCUUUAGAAAAAUCACAUACAGAUGAAGAAGAGGCAGAAGAUCUGUCCGACGAAGCUUUUUCCUUGCGUCACACCAAGUAUGAAGAAAGAGAGCGCGCGAGAUGGUCGCUGUGGGAGCAGAGCCGCUGGCCCAGGAGGAACAGCAGAUCUUACAGCAAAAAUGCUGACGGCCGACACAGCCAAGACCAGUGUGCUGCUGACCCUGCUCCCGACCCUUUGGAAGCCCACAGCUCUGUGUGUUCAGGGAUGGCGCCACUCUGCAGGGAGGGCCAGGAAGCGAAGUCUGGGCUGUGGGAACUUCGAGUUUUUCCACUAAAAGAUGAAGAGGUAGAAGCUUUACUAUGCCAAGAUCAAGUAACAAAUGAGGCUGAAAUGUCAAGUGCAGAUUUCCCCAGCAACUCUCCCUGCGCUCUGGGCACACCCACUGCUUUGCCAGACAAUGGCCAUCCACCAAGAAAACAAUCUACCCAAGAGUCAGAAGACUGCAAAAACAUUUGCCUGGGAAGCAACAGUACAAGUAAACAAAGGUGACAGGGAAUAAUGUGGUUCAUUAAGAAAGCCAAUUAAGGUGGAGAAAAGUGUAAGGUAAAAUCUCUCUCAUUCACACAGCAUAUGACAGCACAAUUCAAAACCUUUGUGUUAGCUGCAUAUAAUAUAUUUUCUUUCUUGCUUUGUAACAGGCAGGAUAAAUCCCAAAGACAACACUUUCUUCUUCCUGAACCCCAAGAGAAAGUAAUUAUUUCAAGCUGGAAGUCUAAUAUUCCCAGUGUCGCGAGUGGGCACACAUAAAUUGCUGGCACCAUUCACUGUCUGUUGUCAUAUUGUCACAUUUGUCAAUAAUCAUCCUUUUCUGUUUUGUUUGUUUUCAAAUGCAUUUCUGGUUCUAGUGGACUGGUGCAGCAGGAGAUGCUGCCUACCUUAGCCAACAACUUAAAUUGAACACAGAAAAACUACUUGAAAAUAGAGGGGAUAAGCAAUAGCCUCAGAUUACUUUCCUCUGUGGCAUGACCAUGGGGCAAAAACCUGUCUCUCUAACUGCACGUGUAAGGUAAUGGUAGGUGAGAACCAGCAGUUCAAAGCAGGUCAUAUGGAAGUCUUGCAUCUGGCUUAAAAUCUGUACUCAGCUCUGAGUAGUGACGGGGCAUGUUUCAUAUCUAUGUCCUCAAGCAAUAAGGUAGAAAUAGCUCACUGUUUUUCCAUAGUCAAUUUAUCUGCUACCCAGAAAGUAGGGUCUCUGCUUUGGGUGUGUGGGGAGGGAGAGAGAGGAGGAAAGAGGUGUUGAGUCAAAUCAGUGAUGCAGCUCUUGGAAUACUGUGGUUUGAGUCACCUUACUUCUUAGCCCUUCAGUAGCUAAUGAGGCUCAUAAUACUUUGCUUUAAUAUGUUUAAAGUCUUGUUACAAUUUCUGUAUAGUGCCUUGUAAGAGUCUCAUAAGUAUGCCAACAUUUGGUGACUAGCUGGAAAGGAAAAGAUGAUUGAUGUCUAGAAGACCAAUAAAAAAAAAAGCCCCAAAGCUUUCCACUGUGAUUCUGGAUAAUUUUUCAUUUCCCAGCACACUCACAGUGAGGAAACAAAGGCAAGCUGUUUAAACUUGCAUCUAAAUAGCAUAGUUUGGAAUGUAUCUGCAAUCCCAGGAGGUAUUAACAAAGAUUACACAUUGAAUGUAGGUAUAAUCCAUCAAUAGGAUGUUUUUCUGUGUAGGACAGUUGAAGACAGUUUAAUAGGAGUCUGUUUUUAUGCAGUUUUCUUCCACGUGUAAUAUCUGGAAUGGCACUGGACAGAUGACCCAGUUUUAGUGUUGAUUUUUUUUUUGGUCAAAAUGACAGCAAAUAUACACUGGGCAUCUGCAAACAGUUCAGUAAAGUUUCAACACUACAACCUAUUGCUACAUUGUAGUUUAUUGCACAUUCUGAUUAUUUUUUUAAACACUUUUUUAACACUGGUUUGUCUUAAACUUGAAUCUUGCCUCAAUGUCUGAUACAAUAAUCUUUGAUGCAAGGUUGGUUUUUUAAUUAAAAGUUAUUUCUAUA